AGUUUGAAGAUGAUGAGUGGAUUCGUUCUUCCACAGUAAAAGAUAUGUGCAUCGGUGAAAGUUCAACUCGUAGAGGAGAUGAUGACGCCCCCUUUAAAGUUGGUGAUUUAUUCGAGACUAAAGACCAAUUGGUUGAUGCUAUUCGUGAAUACUCUUUCGAAAAGAAUUUCAAGUUCAAGCAAGUUAAAAGCAAUCGCACAAGUUAUGAUGCAAUAUGUUUUAUGAACACACAAAGAACAGGUCUGACCGAGGGAAAUGAAGCUGAUUACUCAUGUCCUUGGAAGUUAUAUGCAUUUGCAGGAAAGAAACACAAUUUUCAAUUUAGGAUCAGUGAAUACUGCGGUGUUCACACAUGUGUCAAUCCAAUAUUAGAGCAAGAUCACAGUGGUGCAUCUGCCUCUUACAUAGCGCGGUUGAUUAUGCCAAAAUUAAGGAAGAAGCUUGAUCUAACGCCCGAUAAUAUAAUUGAGAAAGUGCUUGAUACCAAGUUCAUUAAAAUCUCGUAUAUUAAAGCAUGGAAUGCAAGAAGAAUUGCGAUGACAAAAAUAUUUGGUGAUUGGGACAAGUCUUACGCGACACUAGCUCAAUAUCUUGAUGCGAUCAAAAGAAGUAAUCCUGGAUCUGAAUACAAACUCAUAACCAAAGAGAUCGAUCCGGGAGUUCAUCAAUUCACCUCCGUUUUUUGGGUAUUUGGGCCUUCUAUUGAGGGGUUUAAAUUUUGUCGGCCUAUUCUUAGCAUUGAUGGCACACACUUAUACGGUAAAUACAAGGGUGUACUGCUUGUUGCUACAGGAGUUGAUGCAGAUGGUGGCUUAUUUCCUUUGGCCUUCGCCGUUGUGGAGGUCGAGAACAGUGAAAAUUGGGAGUGGUUUUUUUCUUGCAUUCAAUUAUAUAUUUUUAAUGUGUUGCCUCCUAGAAAAAUUACUUUCAUAUCUGAUAGGAUGAAAGGUAUUCCAAAAGCAUUGUGGAGGAGAUUUGGCUCUCAUCACCAUCAUCGCUAUUGCUUACGACACAUUAGAGCUAACUUCAAAAAGAGCUUUAGUCAGAUUCAUUUACAAAACCUUCUGUGGCAAGCGGGUUGUACGCCGGAAACAUAUGUGUAUGAUCGGAUACGCGAUCAAAUCAAGGCAACAUCUCAAGCUGCACAUGAUUGGAUUGAGAGAAGUCUGGGCAGUGAUUACGUCGACCGGUGGGCACUCAGUAAAGAUGGAGGGAAUCGGUUCUGCAUGAUGACAACCAAUUGUUCUGAAAGCUUCAACGGGGUACUUAAGGGGGCUCGGGCAAUGCCCAUACAGGCGUUGGUUGCGAGGACAUUUUAUAGGCUCAAUUACUAUUUUGUCAAGCGGCGAGAGGAUGGAGCAAUGUGGGCCUCGUUCUUGACACCAAAAAAUGAGGCGAUUUUAGAGGCUCGAGUUAAGCAGGCGAGAGGCACGAAGAUUGUUAGAUUUGCUGUAGAUGAAUGGGAGGUUACAGACAAACAUGGUCACAAUUACACCGUCAAUUUGGGAGGUGCACAUUGCACAUGCACCUGUAACAUACCAGAAUUGCAAAAAUUGCCUUGUCCACAUGUCAUAGCGGUUACGUCCAAGCAAUCGGGGGGUGCAAAUAUUUCGUAUUACACAUACGCUUCUGAGUGGUAUCAAUCAAGCAACUAUAGAGAGGCAUAUAAGCAGUGUUUCCACCCCGUACAUGAUAGUCGUUAUUGGCCACACUAUAACGGGCCGCAUGUGGUGCCUCCAAGCUAUAAGAGACAAGCCGGACGCCCACGAUCAGUACGCUUAAAAGGUACUAUGGAUGAAGGCCGGGAAGGAGCUCCGAAAAAAAAUAGAUGUGGAUAUUGCAGACAAGCCGGGCAUAGAAGAUCUCAUUGCCCGACCAAUCCAAAUAGAUAGCAAUUAAUGGAUAUUUCAGUUAUGGAGGCGGGUCCAUUGACACGUGAUGUUCUUUAUGACCAAGAGCGCCACCGAUCCGCGAAGAUAGACGCUGGGGAGGUAAAGUGCAAUUUUAUUAUUUUCAAUUAUAUAUAAAUUUCAAUGUAGU